GCGCGAUAGCUCCCGUUCUUCUCGAGAUACAUUAAGCACUGGAACGACUGUGUCUAGUACGAUGAUGGCCUCUCGCCGACCCCUCUUACGGACGCCAUCCGAUAUGGUCUUCCUCAACGAGCCGUAUAAUCCGCUAUACAACCUCUUCCCGUCCCGACCUGUCCUCGUCCACCAAAAUAACGACCACCAAAAGCCCAUCUUUGCAGAACGUCCAUGGCUAGGCCACCUCCUCUUCGACAACAACGAUUCCGAUGCCAGAGAUCACUGUGCCGCCGAGCGGACAUUCCUCUCCUGGCUCCGACUAGCAACAUACAUGGCCGUAGUCGCCGUCGCGAUCUUAAUCUCCUUCCACCUCAAGCACGAACCUACUCCGCUGGAACGACGAGUCGCUUUACCCUUCGGCCUUCUCUUCUGGCUUCUGGCUUUUGCGUGUCUGGUCUCUGGACUUUUUAACUACAUCAAGACUGUGAACGGGUACUCGCGGCGGCAGGCGCUUGUGCAGAGUGGAGUCGGGACGCAGAUUGUCUUUACUGUUGUCUCGUGUGCGAUUAUUGCGGCCUGCAUCUUGUUCCUUGCGACCAAGUCUUCUUCGAAUUGAGCUGGAGAUUGGAGCGCGGCACACUGUAUGGUUGAAGAUGUAUGCGUUCUGGCGCCUGCGAUUUACGGACGACCUUCUACGAUUUACGCAUCACAAUGGGUGCCUCAACGGCAACCUCAGGAUAUGUAAGAGCUUGAGCUCUGCUCCUUCACAUGAGUUUAAUGCGUGCAUCAGAGAGCAGAUUGUAAGCAUGAACAACGCUUGGUGGACGUGCGAAGGAUUUGGCGGAUGAGAGUCAUGGUCUGGGCAUAUGAACAGUGUCACCCCGGCUCGGGCAGACUUGAACGCAGGUUUGAGCUGCGUGGAGACUGCUCAAGUUAAAGCACUGUGUAGUACUUCCAUGUCAGCACGUGAUUGUGCAUGUGAUUGUGAGACUAUACCCAAUUAGGCAAGUUGGUCAUGACGCUCUCAAGACUCGCCACUCCCAGGGCACCUUCUUCACUCC